AUGGACGAGGUGGUGAUCACGCCGCUGGGGGCGGGCUGCGAGGUGGGCCGUUCCUGCAUCAUCCUGGAGGCAGGCGGCAAGAAGAUCAUGCUCGACUGCGGCCUGCAUAUGAGCAAGACUGGCGAGGACAGCAAGCCUUACUUCGACCGCGUCAACCCGGCAGAGAUCUCUCAUCUGAUCACGCACUCGCACCUGGACCACUGCGGGGCACUUCCGAUCUUCCUGGCGAACACGUCCUUCCAGGGCCGGGUGCUGAUGACUCGUCCUACCAAGCAGAUCUACCAGUACCUGCUGCAAGAUUCGAUCAAGGUGCGCUCAGAAAACAUCAAACUAUUUGGCUCGGAGGAGAUCAAGCGCAGUGUCGCCAAGAUCGAGACCAUCGACUUCGACCAGGAGAUCGAGCAUGAGGGCAUCCGCGUCACCCCUUACUGUGCCGGCCAUGUCCUUGGUGCGGCCAUGUUCCUGGUCAAGGUCGCUGGGGUGACCGUCCUAUACACGGGCGACUAUUCCUGCGAGCAGGACCGGUACAUCAAGCCCGCAGAAAUCCCCGAGGUGAAGGUGGACAUCCUGAUCGUGGAGAGCACCUACGGCACGAAGUAGCACCCUCCGCGAGCAGAGCGGGAGCACCGCUUCACGAGCAAAGUGGAGCAGAUCGUGCGGCGGGGCGGGAAAUGCCUGCUACCAGUGUUCGCAGUGGGCCGGGCAGAAUAACUGCUGAUGAUGCUGGAAGAGCACUGGACUGCACACGAGUCAUAACUCUCGCAUGUGAAAGUGUACUACACCUGCGCCCUCAUCCAGAAGUGCAAGCAGGUCUACCGCAGCUACAUCAGUAUGCUUUCGAAGGCAAUCCAGAACCGCUUCUACAGGCAGGAGUCUGACCCCUUCCAGUUCAGGUUCGUGCACUGGCUGGAGAGCAACUCCUUGUUCAACAAGGACACUGUUGGGCCCAUGGUUGCCAUGUGCUCGCCUGGCAUGCUGCAGUCGGGGCAGUCCCGCGUCCUCCUCGAGCGGUGGUGCCACUCCCCGCUCAACGGCCUCAUUCUCACCGGCUACUGUGUCGAGGGGUCCAUGGCCGACAACUUGCGGAAAGGCAACCUCAUCCGCAACAAGGAGGGCCACGAGAUUGAGGUCCGCAUGGACGUCGAAGUCAUUUCCUUCAGUGCGCAUGCAGACUGCAAGCAGACCACGGCCUUCAUCGAGGCACUUGAGCCCGAGUACGUGGUGCUGGUCCAUGGAUCGGAAAAGAACGCGAAGGCCCUGCAGAAGCACCUCCGCAAGCAGUUCGAAGGCAGUCCAGUUUUCAUCAGAGAUCGAGCAAAUAGUCGCCCCCGAGAACUGCGUUUCCGAGCGGUUCAAACUUAG